AUGAACGCGCAUCCCCGUCGCAUCCGCCUGAAGCCCUGGCUCAUCGCCCAAGUGAACAGCAACCAGUACCCAGGCCUGCAGUGGGUGAACCCCGAGCGGAAGCUCUUCUGCAUCCCCUGGCGCCAUGCCACCCGGCACGUCCCCACGCAGGACGAUGAGAACACCGUGUUCAAGGCCUGGGCCAAGGAGACCGGCAAGUACAACGAAGGGGUAGAUGAGCCGGACCCAGCCAAGUGGAAAGCCAACCUGCGCUGCGCCCUCAACAAGAGCCGCGAGUUCAAGCUGAUCUACGAUGGCACCAAGGACACGCCCAUGCAGCCCUACAAGAUCUACGAGGUGUACGAGGGCCACCAGCCCAACGGAGACUCGCUGGCCGGGGACGAUCACAGCUGUUGCCCGGGCGAGGAGGAGGAGGAGCUGCAGAAAAUGAUGACGCUGACGAUAGCGGAUCCCAGCCAGGGCGUGGAGCCGCUCCCCUCCUACGUGUGGCCGAAGCAGGAAGUCCCGUAUCCCAACCCCUGCGGGAACGGCUCCUUCCCCCCACUGGGCGCCCAGGAACUCCUCCACCCGGACGUGUCGGCGCCGCCGCCUCCCGCCGCUGGCGCCUUCGCGGCAGGGGAGCUGCCCGCCCAGAGCCCGGCUGGGAGCAUGCCGCUGGAGGGGCCGGGCAGCCUGCAGAACCUGCCCCCCGGGGACGUGUCUCUGCAGCCCAUGGAACAGUUCAUCCCAGACCUGCUCAUCAGCCCGCACAUGCUGCCAUUGACCGACCUGGAGCUCAAGUUCCACUACCGCGGGCGGCAGGCCAGCUCCCUGACCAUCAGCAACCCCCACGGGUGCCGGCUGUUCCACAGCAGCCUGGAGCCCACGCACGAGCAGGUGGAGCUCUUUGGGCCCGUGACGCUGGAGCAGGUGCGCUUCCCCAGCACCGAGCACAUCCCCAACGAGAAGCAGCGCUUCUACACCCACCAGCUGCUGGAUGUCAUGGACCGGGGCCUCAUUCUGGAGCUGCAGGGCCAAGACAUCUACGCCGUCCGGCUGUGUCAGUGCAAGGUCUUCUGGACGGGGCCCUGCGCCGGCGAGCGGGCCGGCCCCAACCCCAUCGAGCGCGAGAGGAAGAUCAAACUCUUCAGCCUGGAGAACUUCCUCAACGGGCUCAUCCUGUUCCAGAAGGGCCAGACCAGCACGCCGCCCCCCUUCGAAAUCUUCCUCUGCUUCGGAGAGGAGUGGCCGGACCAGAAGCCGAAGGAGAAGAAACUUAUCACCGUCCAGGUCGUGCCAGUGGCCGCCCGGAUCCUGCUGGAGAUGUUCUCUGGGGAGCUCUCCUGGUCGGCAGACAGCAUCCGCCUCCAGAUCUCCCAUCCGGACCUGAAAGACAAGAUGGUGGAGCAGUUCAAGGAGCUGCAUCAGCUCUGGCAAAACCAGCAGGGCCUGCAGGCCCACCCGGCCUCGAACCUGGAGCCAGGCCCGGGCCCGUGGGCGAUGCAGGCCAGCAGCAUGCAGCAGUGA